AUGGAAAGAUGGAAUCAAGACCACACCAAACUAGCAGAUGGAUCAGAAGACUGGACCAGAACUCAGCAGAGGACUUCCAGGCUGAUUUCAAUCACUCACUUCUGGAACCGACGAGACCAGGAAGAUCAGGAGAAGCCCAAGGACGAAGAUCGACGCCAGAGUGCUGUGUCUUCAAAGUCUGAAGCCCUCCGACUUAUCGGAUGCAACGUAGUUACUAAACAUUUCUACAAUGAGAUAAGAAUUGAUGCACUGACAAAAAGACAGAAUUUCGGACCUCCUAGCCACUUUCAAUCACAUUCACACAAACCUAGACGUUACAAUUAUAAUAACUCAUCACGCCAAAAUUAUUACCCAUCUCAAAGACACAAACCUUCAUACACUCAACCUAAUACCACACAUAUUAAUUAUCAACAACCACCAGCCAUACAGGAACAAUUUCCUUCUCAGGAGUUUCACGCUCAAUAUUCACCACAAAAUCAUUUUACUCAGACACAUCAACCUUCCUUCAAUGAAAGUAGACAAUUUCCAUCUCAACCUAUUCCAUUACCAAAACCCCUUCCAGUUAAACAAAACUUCCCGACAAACAGACAGGUAGUCGGACCACCUCAGUUCUAA